AUGACUACUGAAAAUAUCGAAAUACAACGAGACUUAUCCGAUCUUAGCUCUAAUCAUGAACAUAUUUCACCAUUAUCAAAUCGUUUUCUAGUUGCACAUUCAUCUCCAGUACAUGAAUCAACGACUGAUAUAGUUAUACGCGCACAUGAUGAUUCAUUUCAAUCGUCAUCAUCAGCAUCAAAUUCUAAAAGUAGUUCAAGUACAGCAAGUCGUUCAUCACGCCUUCAAUAUUUAAUUACGCAGCGUCAAUCGGCUGUUAAUUCGCCCUUGAUGUAUUCUCGUUGUACUUCAGUUGGUUCACUCUCAAGUUAUGAUAUACGAUCAUCAUGUAAUGAAUCCUAUACAUCAGAAUGUAGUUCAGUGAAACCUUCUGGAUUAAUAUCGCCAAGUGAUAUGCCAGAUUCACCACCAUGUGAACCUGAAAUUCUUGAAGAAGAUCAUCCACAAACGAAACCAAAUAAUCGUACAUUAACAAUGAAUACAACAUCGAGUCAUAAUCGAACAACAAUGAUGAGUGAAACAGUCAUCGAAAAAACAUUUAUAUUUAAUCAACAAGAAUUAAUUUCAAAUCGAAAUGAUAAUAUUAUUGAUGACAAUGAUGAUAGUGAACAUCUUGAUGAAGUUAUUGUUUUUUUAUGUGAUGGACAUGAUAAAAAUCAAAAUCCUAUUACUAUACCUUUUUAUGACGAAGAAAAUUUACUUGACGAUGAUAGUUGUCAAACAUAUAAUAGUCAAGUGAUUGAAAAUUAUCCUCUGGAUGGUGAUAAUAAUGUAGAAAGUGAAUCCUCAUUUAAUGUUCCUUUAAAUGAAAAUCUAAGCGUGAUUACAGAAGAAUCUUCAUUUAUUGAAGAUAUUAAUUCAAAUGAUGAAAAUAGUAGUAUUAAAAUUCUUUAUGAUCUUAUUAAAAAACCACAUUGGACUAAUAAAACUAAUGUAAUACAACAACAAUUAAUAAAUUAUUCAUCAAAAAAAUCAGACAAUGCAAAUACUUCAUUCAGUAGUAGUCCUAGUAGUCUUAGUCUUGAUAGUAGCGCUAGUAAUCAAACUGAAGAUGAUGAUGAAUAUGAUCCAGAAAAGGGUCGACAAUUAAUACAACGUCUUAUUGAAGAAACGCUCGUUAGAAGAUCUCUUCCCACCGAUUUUCUUCAUUCAACUUCAUGUGUACAUUGUCCAUCAAACACACCGAUGACUACAGCAACACGAAGUAUAUCAUCAUCAUCAUCAAGUUCAAUAUCUGUAUCGACUAAAUCUUGUACAUGUAUAACGAAUAAAUCAUUAAGUAAAACUGAAAAACCGCAACGCAGUCAAAGUUCACCAGCUAGACCUUCUACAAUGACUAUAGAUGAAUCAAAACGACAAACAACCAAACAUAAAGAGAGAACAGUCAAUCACACUCGUUCUUCAUUUCUACGUCUUCGUCAAGCUCAACAAAAUAAACGACUCUAUCAACACGAUAAAAAAUUCUAG